AUGGCGUCCACUGCAGUUGGUCCGGUCAUGGGUGCCGCCGCGGCAUCUGCUGUCCACCAUAUCCAUCACAUCGACUGUAACGCUCCAGUCGCGGAUGUUCCUGGUCUCCCCACCGACUUUCCCGAGACACUGGACCUCGAAUCAGCCUGGGCCGGCCCGCAAUUCACCCAAGAGUCGCAGUACACGUACAACCUCACCAACACAGACCUCCAUGAGCUGAUGGCUGCGCUGAAGCAUUUCAAAGCCUUGGGCCUUGACGGCGAUCUUGUCAACCCAGACAACUUCCCCCUCCCUACCCUGGGAGUCGCCCUUGACCGCAUCGCCCACGACAUCCAUCAAGGCAAGGGUUUUGCUGUGGUCCGCGGCAUUGACCCGCAAAAGCACUCGGUUGAGGAUCUUACGGUAAUCUAUCUUGGCAUCCAGGGGUACAUUGCCAACCAACGUGGCCGCCAGGACAAGAAGGGAAACAUGCUUGUUCACAUUGUUGCAGACAACACCACAAAAGCCAAGGCGGAUCAUCACCGUCAUUCCACUUCAUCAAUUACGUUUCACAACGAGGAGUCUGGAGACAUCAUCAGUUGGUUGACCAGAGCCACCGCUGCUGCCGGUGGCAAGUGCAUCAUCGCCUCUGCCCACACUGUCUACAACGUUCUCGCCGCCACUCGACCUGACAUCAUCCGCACACUGUCUCGUUCCGACUGGCCCUUUGCCCUUCCCAAGUUCCAAUGUCGUCCCAUCCUCUUCCACCAAGAUGGCAAGAUCAUCAUCAACUUCGGCCGCACGCCCCUGAUGGGUACUGCUGCGCAUCCCCGACCGGCACAUUUCCCCAACCUCACCCCUCGUCAGAUUGAGGCUCUCGAUGCCGUGGAGACCAUUGCCAAGGCGACACAGAUGGAAAUCCAAACCCGCCCUGGUGACAUUCACUUCAUCAACAACCUCGCAAUCCUUCACCGCCGCGAAGGCUUCGUCAACGGCCAAGCACCCAGCGAGAAGCGUCAUCUCGUUCGCAUGCGCGUACGCAAUGACAAGCUGGGCUGGUCUCUCCCCGAGGAGCUGAAGCGCGAGUGGUACGACGCCUUCGAGAAGCCCGCCGACCGUGUCUGGCACCUGGAACCCAUGCCCGAUGCCUUUUUUCCUCUCCGAAAGUACCCCAACUAA